AUGCACCGGCAGUGUGCGGGGCUGCCGGGUCUGAAGUCCUUGCUGGAGCGAGGCUCCAUCUCGGAGAUCUUCGAUGAUGUCAAGACGGCUGUGCGGCAGAUGGGAGAUCGCAUCUUUGCUCCUCAGGAGGAGGAGGCUGAGGAGGCAGACGAGAGGGAGGAGGAGCCGUCUUCCAGCUCCAGCGGUCCCAAGGUGCAAGCGGUCCGAGCGCAGGACCUGCAGGGCCCAGCCUGGACCCGCCAGAGGAGCGAAGCCAUGACCAAGUACAUGUUCCUGGAUGAUGGAGAGAAAGGAACUGUGAAGAUCUAUGUGAAGGCGGAGGAGCUGCAGCUCGCCGCCUUCGAAGACGCCUUCGCCUCCUUCGAGGCCCAGCGCUUGGUGCUGCUGGUCUUGGGCAGCGACAAGGUUUUCUCGCUGCAGGGCCGACUGCACGGAGCUGUGGACCCCGAGGAGUGCAGCUGCGUGUUGUCGGCCUCCGGCCACAAGGUUGCAGUGACGCUGCGGAAGUUUGAGGCCAAGGGUAAGUGGCACCGUCUCUUUGAGUCAACUGGUAAGGAGUUGCAGGAGCAUUUGGUCAAAGACUUCAUUUGA